AUGGCUCUUAAAAUGGAACAGAAGAGCGAUCUUGAGUUUAUACUGAAAAAUUUGUUAGCUGGUGGCGUUGCAGGCAUGUGUUCUAAAACGACUGUAGCUCCCCUUGACCGUAUUAAGAUACUUCUUCAGGCUCAGUCAUCACAUUACAAGCAUCAUGGGGUAUUUGGUGGAUUAAUGGCAAUUGUUAAGCAUGAAUCCCUUAUUGCAUUAUAUAAGGGAAAUGGUGCUCAAAUGGUCAGAAUAUUCCCAUAUGCAGCUACACAGUUUACAAGCUUUGAAAUUUAUAAACGAUACCUAAGCGGACUAAGCAUACCAAUAGUGCAACACGGCGACAAGUUCGUAGCGGGCGCGGCGGCGGGGUUGACUGCGGUGACCCUCACGUAUCCCCUCGACACCAUUAGAGCGAGACUCGCCUUCCAAGUGACCGGGGAACACCGGUACACGGGCAUUGCUCAUGCUGCUACUACCAUAUUUAAGACUGAGGGCGGUAUACGCGCGUUAUACCGCGGCUUUGUGCCGACGAUGGUGGGAAUGGUUCCGUACGCCGGCUUCAGUUUCUACUGCUUCGAAUCCCUUAAGUUCUUAUGUAUGAAAUAUCUUCCGAGCACACUUUGUCGCAAAUGUGAAAGAAAUACUGGGGGUCUAGUGCUGACGGUGCCAGGUAAGUUGGUGUGCGGGGGCCUGGCGGGCGCGGUGGCGCAGUCCGUGUCCUACCCGCUGGACGUGACGCGCCGGCGCAUGCAGCUCGCCUGCAUGACGCCCGAGACGGCCAAGUUUGGAACGGGCAUGGUUAAAACAUUAACACUCAUAUACCGCGAAAAUGGAAUAGUCAAAGGGUUGUAUCGCGGUAUGACCAUCAACUACUUACGAGCCAUACCAAUGGUGGCCACUUCCUUCUCUACAUACGAACUGAUGAAACAACUUCUACAACUCGACACCGGAAUGAAAAUAUCG